AAACAAAAAGCACACAUCAAACGAUUAAAGUUGAUCUCAUGGCAGACAUUGUGCAUGUAAUUGAAAUAGUGGAUAAAUCGAAAUAAAACCAAUUUGGGUCGCCUGAUUGUGUAAAUUCAGUGAAUUUUAAUACAAAUUGAUUAAAAAGAAUUGAAAAAUGUCGAAACGUAAUUUGGAAGAUAUUUAUGGCGGCGACGAGUCCAUCUCAAAGAAGCCAAAAACAUACGAACACAUUAAAAAACACACACUCGACUCGGAUGAGGAAGAUAGUGAUGUUGAUGAAAGUCGCUACAACGUACUUGACGAAGAGGAGAUACAAGGUGAAGAGGACGGCGUCUCUGGAAUGGAUGGUGAUGUUAAGAUAACGCCGUUUAAUAUGAAAGAAGAAUUGGAAGAGGGUCAUUUUGAUGGCGACGGUCAUUUUCAGUGGAAAAAGCAGAAAGAUAUCAAAGAUCAUUGGCUGGACAACUUGGACUGGGUGAAAAUUCAGAAAUUCGAUGAUGAUCGCAAGCAAAAAUUGGCCGAAGAUGGUGGCCCAGAGACCAGUACUGGUGGCGGUGGUUUGGCUGAUUCAUCAUCCGAAUCGGAGGACGAAGGAAACAAUGAAAGUUUGAAAAAGUUUGAUGUUAUUGCCGCCUAUCGACGUAUACUUGAGCUCAUGAAACCAAAAGAGACGGUUCAACGUGCACUACAACGUUUGGGCAAACAAAGCGCAAAAAUUUCAUCGAUUGAACGUUUUCGACGGAAAAAAGCGGGCAUUGUCGAUGAGAAUGCUGCAUUGGUCACCGAAAUCACCGAAUUGUGUAAUAAAAUUCUUACAAAAAUGGGCAACAUGAAUGUUUAUGAGGAAACAUUUGAAGAGAUUACCGCAAAAUUUGCAUCAAAAUUAAAGGGAGGUGGUGCAUUUAACGCAAACAAAGCGAUGGAUGUAGAUGAUGAACUCGAUAUGUAUGCCGAUGAUUUUGAUAAGAAAGAGAAAAAACAAAUAACGGGCGAUGGGGAUAACAACGGUGAAUCCAGCAAACAGAAUGAAACAGUCGCCACUUCGACGACAACAGCACUCGGAAUCGAUGACAGCAAAAUUACGUGGGAAUUUAAAUGGAAAAUUGAUGACACCAAAUGCGAAGGUCCGUACUCAACCGAUCAAAUGUAUAAAUGGUCACAAGAUGGCUAUUUUAAAGACGGUGUUUUUGUGAAAAAAUGCGGCACCGAAUCACAAUUCAACUCAUCCAAUCGCAUCGAUUUUGAACUUUAUUUGUAGCCAACAAAUAAACUGCUCUAUUGAAAUCCAUUUCCAGCAUAUACGUGUUAGAAUUAAUUCUGUUUUUUUUUUUUUUCAUUGUUUCCAUGUUAACUGAAGUUUUAAAAAUACAGAUUCAAUACAACCACAAAAUAA